AUGCUCUCCAGCAUCGCCAAACUGAUCACAAGGCACUCCAUCUCGCCACAUCUCAAACGCGCGCACAGCCCCGCUCAGCCUUUCAGCACCUCUUUUGCACGCGCCAUGAAGGUCACGCCAGUUCCAGUACGCGAUGACGUGAGCGGGCGUGCUUGCACAGGGUGCGGUCUGGAAAUGGAGCGCUAACCACGCUCAUUCACCCAAUGAACAUCAGAACUACGCAUACAUCGUGUCAGACGGUGCUAAAGGCGUCUUCGUAGAUCCUUACGACCUAGGAAAGGUGCAAGAUGCUGCCCAAAAGCUCGGCGUGUCGGAAAUCGUCGGCUCCAUCACAACUCAUCGUGCGUGUAGCGCUACGAGAGCAUCGUGAUCAGAGCUGCGCUCAUCCGUAGCUUCCCAAGCCCAGACCACUUUGACCACAGCGGUGGCAACGAAGCAUUUGUGGGUAUACUAAUUCUUUGGCAGCCGCGAAAGCCUUUGCAAGCUCUGACUACCCUCAUUUCUGCAGGCAAAGGCGUACCCUUCGGCUACUGUGUGGGGAGGCAGCGACAAGUGCCCUGCAAUGACGAAGCAGGUGAAGCAUGGAGAUUCAUUUGCGCUAUGGCAAGGUUCCAACAUCCAAGCGAAGAUCUACGCUACACCUUGCCAUACGCAAGAUUCGCACGCUUUCUUCUUGCAAGACGAGGCCGGCAAGAAGGGCGUCUUCACCGGGUGAGUAUGGUGAACUGCUUUGCUUGAGCACAUUGGCAUUUGUGCUGACGAGAGCCCGAGCCUCUUUCUGUCAGAGACACCCUCUUUGUAGUGAGUCGGAUCGCAAGGGGAUCGCAUUGUCGGCUCGGAGCUCAGAUCCCUUCUGCUUUGGAGUGCAGGGCGGCUGCGGUCGCUUCUUCGAGGGCACGCCAGAAGAGUAAGUUUGACGUCCAAUUCGCAUAGUCAAGCAGCCCGAAUUGACGAUGUGUAAAUCUUGUUCUUGUCAGAAUGCACCGCGCAUUGAACACGGUACUCGCUAGUCUGCCCGACGACACUAUUGUUUACUGCGGACAUGGUCAGUUGAGCGAAUCGCGACGCUCUCGUUGUCGUAGGGUACUUGCUGAACGUUGGCUUGCUUGCGUCAGAAUACACUGGGGGCAACAUUGCGUUUGGAAUCGGCGUGCUGCCACAACGCAAAUCAGUGCAAGAUCUUGCGGCCUUUGUCAAAGAGAAACGCAACAAUGGCGUGACCACAGGUGUCUUCACCAUCGCAGACGAAAAGAAGCACAACGUCUUCAUGCUUGUCGAUGACGAAGAGGUUGCGGAGGCAAUUGGCGCAAAAGGCAAGGGUCCCGUGGAAGUGAUGCGCAUCUUGCGGGAGUACAAGGUGAGUCUAGCUGCGCCAUUUGCUGUAGAGCGCACACUCAUCAGGUUAUUGAUCUUGACACAAUUCAGAACAAUGGCAAGAUGCAAGUGAAUUUGUGA